UGCACAGUGGCUGGGAAGCAGACCGCUUUUGCUGAGAUGGGGCCUGCCUCAGAAUGCCGGACCCUAAGCAAAGACGAUGUCAACUACAAAAUGCAUUUCCGUAUGAUUAACGAACAGCAAGUGGAAGAUAUCACCAUUGAUUUCUUCUACAAACCCCACACGAUCACGCUGCUCACUUUUACCACAGCCAGUCUCAUGUACUUUGCUUUUACUAGAAAUGAUUCAGUGCAAGAAGACAAUCUGUGGGUAGGCAUGGUCUUGGUGAUUUUCUUCUUUCUAAUCAUCAGUGUUCUCGCAUUUCCUAAUGGGCCGUUUACAAGACCACAUCCAGCAAUAUGGCGCAUGGUUUUUGGUCUAAGUGUGCUAUACUUCCUUUUCCUGGUGUUUGUGCUCUUUCUGAACUGGGAGCAGGUGAAGGGGGUCAUGUACUGGCUGGACCCUAACCUACGCUAUGCCACUCGUGAAGCUGACAUCAUGGAAUAUGCUGAAAACUGCCACGACAUCACAUGGGAGCGGAUUGUCAGCCAUUUUGACAUCUUUGCAUUCGGGCAUUUCUGGGGAUGGUCCAUGAAGGCCCUUCUGAUCCGCAGUUACGGUCUCUGCUGGACAAUCAGUAUCACGUGGGAGAUGACAGAGCUUUUCUUCAUGCACUUGUUGCCUAACUUUGCGGAAUGUUGGUGGGAUCAAGUUAUUCUGGACAUUCUUCUUUGCAACGGGGGUGGGAUCUGGCUUGGAAUGACUGUGUGCCGCUUCUUGGAGAUAAGGACUUACCACUGGGCAAGCAUCAAAGAUAUUCACUCCACCACAGGCAAGAUCAAGAGAGCCGUGUUACAGUUCACUCCAGCCAGCUGGACCUAUGUGCGCUGGUUUGACCCUAAGUCAUCUUUUCAGCGGGUGGCAGGAAUCUACCUCUUCAUGAUAAUCUGGCAGCUCACAGAGUUGAAUACAUUUUUCCUGAAACAUAUUUUAGUGUUCCAAGCCUGUCACGCACUGAGCUGGUGCAGAAUUCUGUUCAUUGGCAUCAUUACAGCCCCCACUGUACGGCAGUAUUAUGCCUAUCUCACUGAUACACAGUGUAAAAGAGUAGGAACUCAGUGCUGGGUGUUUGGUGCCAUUGCAUUCUUGGAAGCUCUUAUCUGCAUUAAAUUUGGGCAAGAUCUGUUCUCCAAAACUCAGGUCCUUUACGUAAUCCUUUGGCUUCUGUGCGUGGCUUUGAUUACUUUCCUCUGUUUGUAUGUGAUGGUUUGGUACGCAGAAUACACUGGACAGAGGCCACAGACAUAUUCUGAGAGUGAAGACAGUAGCUACCUUGAUUCACCAUGUUUCCAGUAUGAGAAUUUAAAAGAACGCGACUCGGUAAUUGCUUCACACUCCACUGAGCACAGCACAUCAAGACGGAGAAAAGGAUCUUCCAAGGCCAAAUCAACCAAUGGAGUGAGUGGCAAGAAGUAAGAGGACACAAUGUGAAGAGAAUGCCGGACUGUGCCUAGACGUAGAAUAGAGCUGAAAAGGGCUUGGAACACGUUGAUGGAAUACAGUUAGCAGGGUGCACGUGGAAAUCAGACUUGAUUUUAAAAAAAAAAAAAAAGAAAAGAAAAGCAACAGAAGCUAAAGGCUGGAAUCUUCAAUCAAUUUCAGAUCAUCGCUUACUCUUAACCUCACCACUUGUAGGUCUGUUGUAGUGUUUUCGGUUGCCUGUGACCAACCUAAUUAUUGGGAAUCAAUAUCAAAAGUGUGUGUGCGUGCGUGUUUUGGUUUGUUUGUUUGUUUUUAAGCAGCAGAGGCGCUUUUAUAAAUUGAGAGGUGAUGUGUUGAUGUUUUAUAGGCAGAAUGUUUUGAUCAAGCAGCUGCUCUGACACACCUGUGACUGAGCUGGUUUAAUUUGUUUACUCUCGCUAGAUAAAUCAUAAUAAAGCACACACUUUUUUUUCACUUUCUAACUUGCCUGUUGCUUUAAAAUGAUAGCUUUGUGUACAGACAGAUGUGUCCUGUUUUCCUUGAACUUGAUUCACUGAGAUGAGAUUUUUCUGAUGUUGCUUGCAAUGCCAGUUCUUAAUCUGCUGUAAGAUGGAUGUCUUCCCAGCUCCAUUUUCUUCUUCAGAUGUUUAUUCUAGAUUCCAUUAGACAUUCCAUUAUAUUGGUUUAACCCCCUGAAUGAAUAAACCCUCUUCGAUUGGCUAAUCUAAAACAGGGAAAAUGGCUGGUUUCAUGAAAUCAACCCUCACUCCAGGACUUACUAGCACCAGUUACUAUAUUAAAAAAAAAAAAAAACUUCACUAAGACUGUCUAACUAUGCUAUUCCGUGCAAAUGAAAACUGGUAUAUCAACAAAAAAGAGGGAUCUAGGUAUAUCUACAACAAUCUAUUUAUAUCCACUGUGUUGGAUAUAAUACAGUAAUAUAUAGUUCAGUUUUUGAUUUAUUAACUGUAUGGUUUUAUUAUAAGCACUCCAAGGCAUACGUCUUUUAACAUGCAUAUCAUCAGAGAACUGUUUACUUUUGAGAGAGCCAUUAAAAAUAUUGUGCACAAACUAAACCUACCCAGGUAGGCGAUUUAGUGCAAGUUAUUUAGCUUAAAUUAUGUAAGAUAAUAUAUAGCUUAAAGGUAAAGACACUCCAUUGCCACAUACAAAUUGUGGGUUUAGAACAAUAAUUGCUGAAUGCUUCCUAUGCUAUUUUCAGAUCGCCAUUACCUUCACGGUACCCAUAUGGAAAGUAUGCUGACCUGUGGGGAUCUAAUUGUAAAUGCUGUUACUUUGUUAUGUGCUCAAGUGUAAGGCCUACCUCUCUGGAGUGUUGUCCUACAUAAAUAGUUUUGUUUUCACUCCAUUUUGUAAAAUAAGAAACAUGUUGAAGUAUCAAGUGAAGCAAAAACAACAUCCGUUUAAAAUAACUCCUGCUGAAAAACUGAUGAUCUAACCAGCUUUAGCUGAGUUUGGGAGUCAAAACUACUGUUAUCAAACAAAAGCUUAUAAACAUUGUAGGGGAUGUUUUGCAGGCACAAAUACUCCCAAUUACCUAAAUUAGACAUAGUUUGCCUGAGGAAUCACGUGAAAUAAGAUUGUGUGUAUUACACUAAUUAUUUAGAAAUGUAUUAAAAGAAAGACAUAUUGUAAAUAGGCAAUAGUAUGAAGUUCACCUAAAAAUUAAAAUACCUAUUUGUAUUUCUGUUUCCAAAGAAACCGUCAGGUUUAAGUUUUCACUGCUUUUUUUGUAAUCUUUAUAAUGUGCGUAACAUUUCUUUUGAGGGGGAUCUAAAAUAAAUAUAUAGUGCUCUCUAUGAUUUUGUAGAACGGGAGCACUGAAUAAGAUUUAGUCGUCCACUGCCGUCCCCCACCCCCCAUACAUAAUUCAUUAAACAAAAGCUUUGAAACAGUCAACUGGAUUUAAAAAAAAAAAAAAAUUAUAAGGGAGUUCAAAUUUAAAUGAUUCAUCGAGAGACACUUUUCCAUAUGAGUUUAAGGCAGAACUUGGUGGGACUAUAUACUUAAAGAACCCUACAGUUUGGUAUGGGUCAGAUUGUAAGGUUGCUUUCCUCAACAGUAACUGGCACCCCCCACCCUGUCCAUGAAACCAGCUAUCCUGUCCAUAGGCCAUAGCUGUGUACAUCUUUAGAGCUGCAGCUGGGAUCUCAGUCCUGUAUAUUAAAUCACCAUUGCAGUUAAUAGAUGCAGUUCCACUGGUUCUUCGCAUGAUCUGUAAAAUAUUGAAAACAUACUGUUCCUACCCUAUAUGCAAAAGUUGUGUGGCUGUAAUUGUUUUGUGACGUCCAGUGUGUAUUUGUAAAAAAAUAAAACUUAUGUCCAAAGUCCACUCCAUUUUAUCUUCUGUGUGUUACUUCGAGAAAGACUUAAGUCAGUAUGAUAUACUUUAUGUAAAAAUUAACUCAGAAAAGUUAGAAAAUGUGUUGAUCAGAAACUGAAUGUGUAAAAAAAAAACAGACAAAUUAUUGAUGGAAUGACCCUGUCAUGUCUACACUCCAGUUUCCUUAUCAAAACAGUAACAUUGUACUGGGUCUGUGCCAAUGAUUUAUGGUUUUGUAUUCUAAUUUCCUUUGCAGUAUUUGGAAGAGGUUAGUCGAUAGUUUUUAGACAGGAUCUGGUUGUUCAUAAGGUACUUUUACAGUAAGUAAAAGAUUGUGAUAAUCUGAAAAUGUAUCCAUGCAGUAUUGUCUGGGUACACUCUUAAGCUCUUAUAAACUUUGGAGAUGCAGCUGAUGUAAGGGUAUGGAAAACAUGUACAAGCUAUAAUCCAUCUGUGCACAUAAAACUGUUGCUAGUGGAUACAUUUGAUGGUGACAGUUGUGUGAAAAACAGUUUUAAAUGUUAACAUCCAGUCUGUAAAGGGUGAAUUUAUUGAGCCCAAGGAACAGUAUUUGCUAUUGUUUAGUUUCGAAUAGAACCACUCCUAAAUGUAUUUGUAUGUUGUGUGCUGAAUUCAGAAAAAAAAAAACCUGCAUGUUGUAAUACAGGUAGCUGUAUGUAAACUAAUGCACAUGCCGUGUAGUGAAUAACUGUCUGUAACAUUAAGUGAAGCUUUAUGUAUACAGUAUAACUGUGACUGUCUUCUCUCAGGAAAGUUUGUGAUACUAGAAAAUGAAUGAAUUUGAAAUAAACCUACAAAAAUAACCCUAUCCACAUUUGUUCUAUUGACAGUUUUGUACAUAUUGCAAUUAUUUUAUUCAUCUGUUUACUGUAGCAUUUUUAUUUAUUUACUUGCACUAUUAAUGCUUGCUGAUAAAGUGCCCAGAUCAUGUAUUAAUAUGUAUCCAGCUCAAAUAAAAUAGUUAAA